UUUCGCAAAGCGUCGUCAAAGUUCAAAAUUUCCGAGCUUAAUGCUUACGGGAAGCUUGCAAUUAGAAAAAUUUUCGUCGAGAAAGAAGAUGUUUUUGUUAACUUGGCUACAGGAUCCGGGAAAUCGUUUAUAUAUGAAGCUCUCCCGCUCGUGUUUGACCAUGUUUCCGAUGAAAGCGGUCAUAUUAUUGUUGUUGACUCUCCGUUGGUUAGUCUGAUGGAAGAUCAAGUGAAGUAUUUGAGAAGUCUUGGUCUGUCUGCCGUAAAUAUUUCUUCAAACGUUGAAGUUGACCGUGCAAAGAUAGAGAAAGGAGAAUAUUCAAUUCUCUAUGGCUCACCUGAAGCAUGGCUUAUGAACAAGGGAUAG